UUAAAAAUUUCUCAUCGAUGAAUCAUGAGAUGUUCUCAUAUGGUGCGUCCUCCACUUGAGUCUCACGAUAUCUUCCGUAAAGUGAAGGAGAAUUUCGAGACGACAGGCCUACGGCGGAGCCGAUGCAUGCAGCGAGGGCAUAUCCACUGUGAACAAACCCCCUCAGAUAGAGUUCUCCAUAAUGGCAAUGUGACAACAAAAACCAUAUCAAGAUGGAGACGAUGGACAAUAACCGCCGUGAAUAUGCGCCAAAACAUAGCCCAGAAAUUCUUGACAUGUGUCGCAACAAUCCAUCAACAAGGGAGCACGGCCUCCACGGGUUCAACGAGAUAUCUAAUGGACAAGAAAGAUCCCACAUCACUCAAAGGUUCUUCUUCCAUUAAGCUUACAGUGAUACAUUCCUGCCGUCAGAGUCAUCGGGGUAGCAGUUGGAUGAUAGUUUCAGCUGUGUCAUACGGAUAAAGUGUAGCGGUGCUAACUUUUGUGUUUGACAAUCUGGCAAUUCCUCAAUGGCUCGAGAUAUCGGAGUGGCACUUGAAGCUGCAUGAAAUCGCAAGGCCCCUAGGGGAGGCAAGAAAACUCAAGACCUGUGUCCUAAGUGACGAAAAGACUUAGG